GUUUUCGUUCAGUUGUUGCGUACUCGUUCCGCGGUGGAAACGUUGUUGUUGCCUGUCGCUUCUUGUUGUUGACUCUGUUCUCAGAAACUCCGUGCGUGAGUGUGAUAGGUUAGGAAAGGCUCGCCGAUUUACCUUGUGCUGUUUUUUCAGUGAAUGUUGUUGGUGUUUUCCUGUUGUCUCGCUGGUUCUAUUGGAUUUGGGAUGAUUAUUUGAUGGAGAAAGGCUAGACAUCUGAUUCCAUAUAGAUCCGUACAGAACCCAGAUGAAGGGGAACGUGGUCAUUUUUCAUGUUCAUGUAAUGUGAUAGCAGCGAUCUCUAUCAGAAGUCAUUCUAGUUUGAUGACUCUGCUUCUCUCCAAUCAGAAGUAGUGGUCAAGUGCUUGGAAUUGGGAAGGAUAUUCUCUCAAUGAUGACACCAAAUUACACAAACAAAGCAUUCGUUCUGAUAGCAUUCAUUAUUGUCUCCGUAAGCGCACAAAAAUGCAUGCAGAGAGGCUUCACUAUUCAGGAAACAUUGCCUCUUACUAGCUGUUCUGAAUCAUUAUGUCCGGAAUGCGACUAUUGCAGCGACGAAAACGGCGAAAACUCAUCCAUUUCCACAAAGAUAGACGCCGAAAACGGCUCACUGCGAGUUUAUUACAAAUUGGAUUUGGCCAAAAAUUACUCUGAGCUACUGAUCCGGCUGCAAGUGAGUGAGGAGCUCAGUUCUGCCAACUGCAAAAGCACGGAUCCACUCUACCUAACGACGCCCUUCAAAAUUCACUCAUCGAAAAAAAUAUCGCUAAGAUGGGAACCCGACAAUAGUACCUCUCUAGAAACAUCUUGUUGUAAAACACUAGAACUGAAUUUCAAGUACAUUUUCACAGGAUGCUACUUUGUGCAAGUUUUCCCCUACAAAGAUUCCAACAUUCAAAAGCCGGUAGAGGAUUGCCCCAAAAUGUAUGAAACCGAGUAUGUGAAAGAGCAUCUCAUGCUUAUGACACCAAUACUUUCGCCUCAAUAUUUUUCUGACAGUGUCCAAGUCGCAAUGAACAUACGGGGUGAACCGGCUUACCUGCUUGUAACUCUACAUUCAGAAAAAAAUCGAAAUCUGCCUUUCAUUGGCAAAAAGACGUGUGAUCGUACACAGACUGAGUAUGCUUGUUGCUACAAUCACAUGUACAAGACUUCAAUGGGAGGCUUUGAAUGUCAAUCUAAAAUGAAAUCACCAGAAACUAACUGUUCAGUGGUCUAUAGCAAAGAAGGAAAGAAGGAAGUGAAGUGUGUAUUCUCUCACAUCAAGCCAGGAAAUUAUUGCAUUUCAAUAAGGUUUGAUGAUGAACGCUGUGAGCCUGGAACGAUUUGGGAAACCAACAUAAAUGGUUGUCUCUGGAGGCACAGAUAUGAGGCGAAAAAAUCGUUGCCAGUGGCACUAAUCGAGGAAGAUCGUGUGGGAGCCGUGCUCAUUCCUCCCAAAGACUUUAGCGGCUACAUUUUCGCAGUGCUCAGUGCGGCCAUUGUGAUAGUGACGCUACUCAUGCUGUUGAUGUGGAGGAAAUUCGCAACAGCGUCGCUGGUCAGACCGACCGACCGCAUGUCAACACUCAGGGAGCAUCUGGGACUGCUCAAACUCGAACAGCCAUCCGUGUUGCUAUUGUAUCCCAGAGAUAGCAACACGUUCAUGAAUGCCAUGGCCAAGUUUAGGAAUGUGUUGACGAGAGCUAAUUGCAAGGUUUUCGACUGCUGGGAUCCAGCGAUGGAAAACGAAGUGAUGAAAAGUCCUCAUUCGUGGGUGCAACUUCACGCCCUCGAUAAAUCGACCCGUGUCAUAAUAGUGGCCAGCGAGUGUUCACUCAUGCUCGAGAAAUCCGUUCUGGGAAAUUCCAAAGUCGAAUAUAUCUAUCCUUCCCCGUUCGAUGAUCUGUUUAUGUAUGGAAUCAGGUGUCUCAGUGAGACCACGUUGACUGAUUGCUAUGAGAAGAUGUUUGUUGUCAGGCUUCGCGGACCUGACGAUACCAGUGAAGUUGCGUCACUAACAUACAUCAAUCCUUUGACAGUAUUUUCUCUCCCACUUCAUUUAGAAAAACUCAUUCUGGGAUUACUAAGUGUGGACGGAUCUCACUACUCAAUAGCAACCGACUUCCCGGAGGUACGCGCAUUCACGAAGGCAGUUCAGGAGAACAGCUGGUUCAUGAGGCAAAAUCCCAACUAUCUGAGUUCGUUGAUGGGCAGCCCCAUCAGUUGUCCUGAGGCGAAAUUAAUAGACUUACCGGUUGGUCAGUCCCCUUAUAAGCCCACCAGUUAACCUUGGGCCCCAGUAGGACCUUCUAAAGUGAAAAAAGCGAAUCCAAACAUUUUAAAUGUGUAGUUACGCCUUUUCAAACUGGAAUUUGUGAUUUUUUCCUAUUUAAAACUUGGAAGUGAUAAUGAUUUUAUCAACAUAGUACUUUUCAUUUAAUUUGAAAUUUAUGAUUUUAUUGGAAGACAUAUAGAAUAAGUAAGGUAUUCAAUCAAUCAGUAUUCUAUUCCCUGAAUAUGUUUUAAAUUUGUUUUUGUAUAGUUGAAACUGUCGAUUUUAUUGUAAGACUAGAGAAUAACUAAAAUCAAUCAAUCACUUCUAGUUUAAGAUUACACAUAAUUAAUGUUAAGUUAUAUAAUUUUGCGUCCUGCUGAACCUUCACUAUAUCAGCAGUUAUGAACAAUCUUAUGACUUAUGAACAAAUUAACAAAUUCUAUAAAAAUUAUUCAUCUCUUGCUAUUGUUAACGCAUUAACGUUUUGCAAAGUGAGAGGUUUGAUUUUAAUUUUUGUAUAUAAUUCAGUCUUCAGGGCACAAAGUUAGCAUGGAUCACCAAUGUAACAAAUUCAUUCAAGAAUUGGCUGUAUUGAAUACAAUCUUCUAAUACCAGCUUGAACGAAAAAUAAAAUCAGAAUUUGUAGCGUAUUACCAUAGCCACCUCUAAUACAAGGCCGCGGUCUACGAUAUUGCAGCGUCGCAGUGUAGGCGUAGAAUCUAAUACAUGAUUGGUGAGAAAGAUCACCUGGUAUUUUUUGAAAUAUUUUUCACCAAUCAUGUAUUAGAUUCUAGGCCUACCGUACACUGCGACGUUGAAAUAUCGUAGGCCGCGACCUUGUAUUAGAGAUGGCUAUGAUAUUACAUAACAAAAAAAGACAACGAAAAGAAAAAAAAUUAUUUGAGAAGAACAAAGACGUAGAGCAUUAACUUGGGAAGUAAUAUAAUAUCAAUGAACAAAAUGAAUGAGAAAGAUAAUGAACUGAAACGAUAAAAGACUUACACUGUAGUUCACUCGUAUGUUAUUUCAAAAAUGUAUAAAUUAUACUUAAGCUAACUGGAUUAUUGGAAUUCAAUUUAAAAAAAUGUAGAAUUAUUUUUAUAUUGACAAAAUCCAUAACCUUGUUUCUAAUAAUAUCUAGUUUCUAUGUAGGUACUUAAUAUUUUUCUUCAUUUUAUCCUCAUUCUAAAACUAUGAAAAAUCUUCUCCUUUUUCAUAAAUUCAACUCAUGAAACAUAAAUCACAAGAUCAAAUUAUUUUGCUACAAAUUCCGGUUUGAUCAGGUAUAGGUAGUUUUUUGAAUCUCGUUGAAAUAGAUUUCAAAAUAACAAAAAAUAGUUCCGUGGAUAGUUUUCAGACUACUAUAAGAAUAAAAGUUUGUGCCUGUAGUUAAUUGAGCGCAUUGUAUAUGAGUAUGUGAUACUGCAAGUCAGCCGGACGACCUAAGCCUCGAUCGACUUCAUCGACUUCGAUUUGCAACUUCAUAGUCCUCUCCUGUGACAUUUGAUCAUUCUAUCUCUGCAAUCUUCAAUAAAAUUUAAGGAUAGUUUCUAUGGAACAAUAAGAAUAUUGUUAAAUAUUUUCACAACUAUAUUUGGAUACUAUUGCUUACAAUUAUUAAGUCUAAAUGCUUUUGGUAACAUCAACUGCAAAAUGUGUUCAAGGACUGUACAAAAGUUCUCAUAGUGAUUUCAAAUUCUGUGGAAUUCUUUAAUGAAUGAACAAUAAGUAUUAUCAUUACUUGAAAUUAGUGAUUUUUUUGUAAAAAUGUUUCACUUACAGGUACCAUCAUAAUAAUUAUCUUGACUAAUUAUUUACCGUACAAGAAUUUUCAAAACACCAUAUUGAACAAAAAGGCCUACUUAGAUUAAUGCUGUGACUAUUGAUUUUUCAUCUAUGUCUUUCAUUGUAAUGGAUAAUAUAUGGAAGUGUAUACUUGAAACUUCUAAAAUCUUUUAAACGAAAAGAAAGCCAGAUUUUUCAAUCUGUUCAUAUCAGUUGUAACGGCUACUUUGAAUAAGUGAGGAUUAUAAAGGACUGACUAUUGAUAACAGAUUUCGAUGAGUUCAUGAGUAAAUGUUGCAUUUUAAAAUCCAUUCCGUUGGAUGGAUGGAAAAAGUAUGAUAGCUAUUAUAAGGAUGUGUGUAUCUGAAAAACACAAAUGAACAAAGAAGCCUGAUAAAUAUUAGUUCUUAAACAGUUGAACACUUUGCCUUUAGUUGUCUGAUGAAGUUCAAGUAAGAAUAACUUAAUUCUAAGCAAAUCUUUGUACGUUUGACAAGUUAUUGUGAUGUGUCUAGUAUUUUAAUUGGAAGUAAUAUUAUGGUAAUACAUAAGUCUUAUAUUUGUUAAGCUGCUAUCAACUGUACUGUUUAUUUUAUCAGCUUUGAUUUUCUAAAUAUUUGUAGCUUGGCUCCUUAGGCUAUUUGAGCAAUUUGUUUUAUCAACGUUUGUUUGCCUCAACUUGUUUUAGAAGAAUGAGUAGCACGAGUACUUAUUUCUCAUUGAUUAAGCAAAGUAUUUAGAUUCAAUAAGAAUGCAUUUAAUCUCAGUGAGACUAAUAUUUAAAAAGACAAGUUUGAAUAUUUUGACUUGAUUGAUCAUAGUGUUUACUAGUUUUGACUAAAUUUUGAGUUAAUUUCAUUUUUGACUUUAUAUAUUACUACCAAAAAAAGUAGGAAUAAAGUAUUCUUUUUCAUCCAUUUCUAGAGAAAAUAUUACUUUAUUGAAAACAAAAAACUUCUAAAUCCAUGCAUGAAUUGCAAAUCUGAAAUCUUCCAGUGAAUUACAAUUUUCGCCUUCAAAAUGACAAAUUCACAAUAUUAGGCUACCACUGAACAUAUAUAAGUUUCAACUUGAAGUCAAUUUCACUUCACAGGUAAAAUUAUCACCAUUAUUAAGGUAGCCUUAUCAGGCUACGUAUGAUCGUUUCAAGUUAAGGACUCAGGUUUUCAAGGUUUCUUAAUUGAUUUUUAGUUUAUGCAGCUAUUUUAACCUGAUUGUUAGAUUUGUCAACUAUAAACUAUUGAACAAAGACAUGGAAGACUCUACGCGGCCAAACUCACAGCAGCUAGAAAAACUGCAAUAGCUAACUAAAUACAUCACAUCAAAAUAGUGAUUCAAUAGACUUUCUGACAGCUACGUAAUUAGAGAAUAAAAGAGUGAAAACUUAAUUCAGAGUGUAUGUUUGUGAGUAUGUGUGAUUUUUCAAUUUCGUUCGAUUUUUUAGGUGUAGUGUUUUUUACUAAAUUUUUAUUCUUUUAUGAGAUAUUAUUCUCAUGAUUCUGGUUUGGGUCGAAUCAAUCGACUCCAACCUGCAACUAGUCAUUCUCAUUUAAAAGACACUAGACAUUAUUAUUACUAGAUCUCUCGUGUACACUAUAUAUAUGUUUGCAGAGUAUGCUCUAUUUUGCAAUAUUUUGUUCUAGAUUUAUAGUGAUCUAAGCUUACAUCAAAAAACAUUAAUCGUACUUUGUCUUGAACUACCUAGUCUUUUGUUUCUUUUUUCAUUUUUUGUGUAAAUAUUGUAGUUUAUUUAUUACGAUUUUAUGUUGUUUCGAUCGAUUUGAGAUGAUUUUGCAUAUUGUAAAAAUAAAUGAUGGAAUGCACUACCUCGAGAA